AUGACUUCGUUUAUGCCUCAUGGGUCUAACCCACUAACAUCGUCAUUUACGUGUAAUACAUGUGAUAUCAGAUUUGUUACUGCUGAUCUACAAAGACAGCAUAUGAAGACUGACUGGCACAGAUAUAAUUUAAAGAGAAGAGUUGCGCAAUUGCCUUCUAUAUCGUCCGAAAUGUUUGCAGAAAAGGUGCUUUCACAGCAAAACCAAUCAGAUGAAGAGGAUGAAUUCGGUUUCCAUAUAAAUCACCGAAAAUCGAAUAAGGGUUCCAAGCAACUAACUAAGAAAUUUUUGAAAAAGCAAGCUAAAUUCAAUGAGUUAAGAAAGGCUAGAGAAGAGGACGAAGAGUCUCACGUUAGAGCUGUAAGCCCAGCUUCAAUAUCUUCUGAAUUCUCGCAGUUUUCUCUUGGUGACUCGGAGCAUUUGUCCGUUAAUAAUGAUACUGAUACAGGAUCGGAACUCAACUACACAGAUACUUCGGAAUUCACUGAUUUGGACAUCACAGCUGAUGAUGAAGAGUAUAGCGACUCCGAUAUGGAAUCCAACGAGGAGUUGGACGUUACUCCAAUAACUCACUGCUUCUUCUGUGGGGUGAACAAUAAAGAAAUCGAAACCAAUGUCAAACACAUGUUUAACAGCCAUGGUUUAUACAUACCUGAAAGAUCCUUCUUGGUGGACUUGGAAGGGUUACUUGCAUUUUUGAGUGAAAUAUUUACAGCAGAUCUUGAAUGUUUAGUAUGUGGGUUUCUAGGGAAGAACUUAGAGAGUAUUAGACAGCAUCUACGUAGCAAGGGCCACUGCAGAAUUCCAUACGAAUCCAAAGAAGAGAAAGCAAUUAUAGCAGAAUUCUACGACUUCAAUGUAGACGAAGGCAAUACCAAAUCCAAGACCAACAAAAAGGUCACAUUUACAGAAUCGACUGAUAGCGAUGACGGCGUAUUGGUCGAUGUCCCUUCGUCAUCGUCGGAUCUCGAUGAUUCACACGCCAAUAUGAACGACAAUUACUCUGUGGUGCAUGUUGAUAAAUCCGGGGUUGAAUUAACCUUACCUACUGGUUCGAGAAUUGGACAUAGGUCCAUGACAAGAUACUAUCGCCAAAACAUCGCAUUGCCAAGAGAUAUAGCCGAAUCCGAGAAGACGGUAGCUGUUGUUGACAGACGGUUCGCCCCUGGAUUAUCGUACCACGAUGUCUCUAAACAAGAGAAGGAAACUAGGAGACUUGCUCAACAUUCUAAGAACGAUUACAUUAGAAAGAGCAAGUCUUAUAGAAUGAAUUACCAACCUCAUUACAGAGAUGAACUCUUACAAUGA